UCAUCCUCUCUCUCUCUCAAACUUCACUCCCUUUCUCUUCUUUUCCAGUCUCCCUCCUCAAUGCUAUUAUGCUCUUACUCACCAAUUCUCUCUCUUUCCUUCCUUACAAGAGGUCUUUCUCUCUCCCAGACGCAAUGCGCUCACUACCGCCACCACCGCCUUUCCCAUUCCUCAACCCAAACUCCCGCCAUUUUCGACUCCCUCCAAACCCUAAUUCCAAUGUUGUUCGAGGAGUGAGAUUCGACGGCCCGGUAGUCGAAAUCGGCCAAGUAUCGCAAACCGAAGACGGAGACUUGGUUAUCGAGACCUGCGUCACGCGCACACUGACUCCGGCGUUGACUCUUGAGCAAGGGCUUCAAAAGAUCAAUGAGGUAGUUGAAGAGUUCAAGCUCAAUCCUCCUUCUACUCCUAGUGGAUUUCAUAGGUUUCAGGUGGCUGUGCCGCCGAGUGCCAAAGCCUUGAACUGGUUUUGCAGUCAACCGGAGUCGUCUGCUGUUUAUCCUCUGUUUUUCAUCUCCAAGGAUACAGAAAAUCCGAGUUUAAAAUCGCUGUAUGUGAAUGAAACCCGAGGAGUUUUUGGAAUUGGUGCCGCAGUUUACUAUACUCCGUCGUCGUUUUCUUCUUCUUCUUCUAGGAUCAAGAGAUAUUUAUCAAAUGAGUCAACCUCUGCAAUAGCUUACGGUUUUAUGGAUAAGUAUUACGACCAAGAGUCAUCUUUCAUGAAGCAUGAAGCAGGCUCGUAUUACUUUUUUGUUCCUCAGAUUGAGUUACAUGAGUAUGAGGGCACUUCUAUUUUAGCAGCAACAAUUGCUUGGAGUGACUCUUCCCUUUGUACAUUUGAGGACGCCAUUCAUUCUUAUGAGUUAUGUUUCAACCAGGCCAGUUGUCAUAUUUGGCCCACAGCAAAGAGCAACCACACCACGAAUAUAAGAUGUACUCUUAGAAAGCUCAAUCUUGAGGAGGAUGGAACUAUUCCCAUGGUAUACAUGAAUGCUCUGUCAUCAAGAAGAAAAUAUGUUGUGGCUGACAUCAUGGCACUGAAAGAGGCUCCAUCUUCCUGCCAGUUUUGUAUCAGGCUUUCACCUACCAUUGCUGUUGCUAGUAACAUGCUGGAUCAAGCCCAUAAAAUGUGUUACUCAGUUCAAGAUUGUGCCAACAUCAAUACUGUUUGGGCAUCGCUUAUAAUUGAAGAAUGUUGUCGACUUGGUUUGACGUAUUUUUGUGUAGCUCCAGGAUCAAGAUCAUCCCCUCUUGCUGUUGCUGCUUCUACUCAUCCUCUUAUUACUUGUAUUGUAUGCUUCGAUGAGCGCUCACUUGCAUUUCAUGCUGUUGGUUAUGCAAGAGGAUCUCACAAACCAGCAGUAGUCAUAACAUCAUCUGGAACUGCAGUUUCAAACCUUCUUCCUGCUGUGGUUGAGGCUAGUCAAGAUUUCGUACCGCUCCUAUUGCUCACAGCUGACCGUCCUGCAGAAUUGCAGGAUGCUGGGGCAAACCAAGCAAUCAAUCAGGUAAACCAUUUUGGUUCCUUUGUGAGGUUUUUCUUCAGCCUUCCUGCACCUACUGAUCAUAUUCCAGCACGGAUGGUGCUUACGACACUUGACUCUGCUGUACAUUGGGCAACCUCUUCACCAUAUGGCCCUGUUCAUAUUAACUGUCCUUUCAGGGAGCCACUGGAAAAUAGCCCUAGCAAAUGGAUGUUGAGCUGUUUGAAAGGAUUAGACUUUUGGAUGUCCAGUGCCGAACCGUUUACUAGGUAUAUUCAAGUACAACGUGUUCAUGCGUAUGAUGAUGGUUGUGGCCAAAUGUCGGAGAUUAUGAAUGUAAUUAAAGGCACUAACAAAGGGCUUCUACUUAUUGGUGCAAUCCAUUCAGAAGAUGAGAUGUGGGCAGUUCUUCUCUUGGCUAAACACCUUCAGUGGCCUGUUGUAGCUGACAUCUUGUCAGGAUUACGAUUGAGAAAGCUUUUGACUGCUUGUCCUGAAAUUGAAGAUGAUUUAUUAUUUGUUGAUCAUCUUGACCAUGCUCUACUAUCUGAUUCUGUACGCAGUGGGAUAAAUCUUGAUGUGAUUAUUCAGAUUGGGAGUAGGAUUACAAGCAAGCGUGUUGCUAAGAUGCUAGAGGACUGCUUUCCAUGCUCUUAUGUUAUGGUUGACAAGCAUCCAUUUCGUCAAGAUCCUUCUCAUAUUGUAACCCAUAGAAUCCAAAGUAGCAUUGUAGAAUUUGCUGAUUAUUUAUGUAAAGCUGGAUUUCCCCAUCUGAGCAAUGAAUGGAGCGCUUAUCUUCGAAUGCUAAAUGCGAUGGUUGCAAGGGAGUUGUCAUUUCAAAUUUAUGCCACAAACUCCUUGACUGAACCUCAAGUUGCACACGUAGUAUCCGAAGCACUUUCAGCUGAGUCUGCUCUUUUCAUUGGAAACAGUAUGGCCAUACGCGAUGCAGACAUGUAUGGGCGUGGUUGGUCAGGCUGUAGUGAUCGUAUUGCAGACGUGACUUCAAAAUCAGAACUACCCUGUCAUAUGAUUCGGGUGGCUGGGAAUAGAGGUGCAAGUGGUAUUGAUGGAUUACUCAGCACAGCUGUUGGCUUUGCUGUAGGAUGCAAUAAACAAGUGCUUUGUGUGAUUGGGGAUGUUUCUUUCCUCCAUGAUACAAAUGGGUUGGCAAUUGUGAACCAGAGGACAUUGCGGAAACCAAUGACGAUAGUUGUAAUUAAUAAUCAUGGUGGUGCAAUAUUCAGUCUUCUUCCUCUAGCAGAUAGAGUUGAGCCAAGAAUACUAAAUCAAUACUUCUACACCUCGCACAAUGUUUCAAUCCAUGAGCUGUGUGCAGCACAUGGUGUGAUGCAUCUACAUGUGAAGACAAAGUUGGAGCUUGAAGAUGCAUUAUUCACAUCUCAACAUGAAGAGGUGGAUCGUGUCAUUGAAGUUGAGAGCUCCAUAGAUGCCAAUGCCACCUUUCACAGUACUUUAAGAAGGUUUGCCUGCCAAGCAGCAGAUCAUGCGAUGAGCCUCUCCUCGAGGCUUUCUGUUGAAGACUCAACAGAAGAUGGUGCUUUACUUUACAGAGUCCACAGAAUGGAGUAUUCAUCAUUUAGUAUACCACUCUGUGCUCCUCCCACUAUGAUUUCUGUUGAUGAUAAUGAGACCAGGUUCUAUAGAGAAGGGUUUAUUUUAACUUUUUAUCUUGAAGAUGGAAGCAUUGGGUUUGGCGAGGUUUCUCCUCUAGAUAUCCACAGAGAAAGCCUGCUAGAUGUAGAAGAGCAACUGAGGUUUCUUAUUCAUAUGAUGAAAGGUGCUCAGAUUAGUUGCUUCCUUCCUCUGCUAAAGGGCUCAUUUUCUUGUUGGAUAUGGACAAACCUGGGAAUCCUGCCAUGCACGCUCCUUCCUAGUGUCAGAUGUGGUUUGGAAAUGGCAAUUCUCAAUGCAUUAGCGACAAGACAGGGUUCCAAUUUAUUAGACAUACUCCAUCCCCGGAAAGCUGAAGGAGGUAUAUCUGAAAAUUCGUCAACAGUAAAGAUUUGUGCCCUUGUUGAUUCAAAGGGAACACCCACACAAGUAGCUGGUGUUGUUGCUGCACUUGUUGAAGAAGGAUUUACUGCAGUAAAGCUGAAGGUAGCACGUCACGGGAGUCCCUUGCAUGAUGCUGCAGUUAUACAGGAAAUAAGAAAGAAAGUUGGAUACCAGAUUGAAGUUCGUGCAGAUGCCAAUCGGAACUGGACGUAUAAAGAAGCUAUCCAGUUUGGCUCCUUGGUGAAGGAUUGUGAUCUGCAGUAUAUUGAGGAACCUGUUCAUAUUGAAAGUGAUAUUAUCAAGUUCUGUGAAGAAAGUGGGUUACCUGUGGCACUGGACGAAACUAUUGACAGUAUCAGAGAACAUCCACUUCAUACGCUAAUGAAGUAUACCCAUCCAGGAAUAGUAGCUAUUGUUAUUAAGCCUAGUGUUGUUGGUGGCUUUGAAAAUGCAGCAAUAAUUGCCCAAUGGGCCCAGCAGCACCGAAAAAUGGCUGUUAUUAGUGCUGUAUUUGAAAGUGGCCUUGGUUUGUCAGCAUAUAUUCAGUUUUCCUGUUAUCUUAACUCGAAGAAUUCAGAAAUAUGUGAAAUGAUGAAUUAUGCAUUGGCCCCAUCAGUAGCGCAUGGUUUAGGAACAUACAGCUGGCUAAAAGAAGAUGUAACGACCACUCCUCUGAAGAUAAGUUGUAAUCCAGAUAGUGGCUCCGUAGAAGCAUCUGUUGCUGAUGCUGAUCAAGUUCUUCGGAAAUUUAAAAUUAAUCGCAACAUAAUUCAUGGAACUUUUACUGGAGAGCAAGUUUGUGUAUACCAUCUGCCUGUAGAUUCAAAGGAUUUCUCUUGUUCCAUCAAAGUCCACGAGAUUGGACUAAGAUAUGAUGAUAAUGUAUUUGUAUUUCUUCAUGGGUUUCUUGGAACUGGUGAAGAUUGGAUUGCUAUCAUGAAGGCCAUUUCAGGAUGUGCGAGAUGCGUUGCGAUCGACCUCCCUGGUCAUGGUGGAACAAAGAUACAGAACCAUGGUGAUAACGAUACUACACAGGAUUCAGGUUUGUCAAUUGAGGUGGUUGCCGAUCUUUUAUGUGAAUUGAUAAAGCAUAUUACGCCUGGGAAGGUUACUAUUGUGGGAUAUUCUAUGGGAGCAAGGAUCGCGCUCUACAUGGCUCUGAGGCUUACUGACAAAGUCAAGGGAGCUGUUGUAAUAUCUGGAAGCCCUGGAUUAAAAGAUGAAGUGGAAGGAAAAGUUCGUAGAGCUAAAGAUGACUCUAGAGCACGUUUUCUUAUUGCUCACGGCUUAGAGCUCUUUCUGGAUAACUGGUACUCUGGAGAGCUGUGGAACAGCUUAAGAGUCCAUCCUCGAUUUCGUCAGAUAGUCUGCACCCGCCUGCUUCAUGAAGAUGUGCAGAGUCUUGCAAAAGUUCUAUCUGCUUUGAGUAUUGGAAGGCAACUGCCAUUGUGGGAAGACUUAAAGCACUGCAAAACACCCCUUUUGCUCAUUGUUGGAGAGAAAGAUAGAAAGUUCAAGACAAUAGCCAAGGAUAUGUGCCAUGAGAUCAGUGGUGGUACGGUGACUGGUGAUGGCCCGCCUAAUGACAUUUCCGAGAUAGUUGAGAUUCCAGAUUGUGGCCAUGCUGCUCAUCUCGAAAACCCUCUCCCUGUAAUCAGCACAUUGAGGCGGUUUUUGACAAGAGUGAACUCAUCAAACCAGAAGGCCGUUUAGAGAUGUAAUCUACUCAUUUUUACAGUUUUCUUCAGAGAUUUGGUUGCAAAAAAAGAGAGAAGAAAUCAUUCUCCAGAGAGUGAUCGAAAAAUCGCCACCUGAGAAUCAACUUUUAAUAUUAAUUUCUGAAUUGAAUACAA